AUGCGGCGGCGGUCCUCGCGCGUGGCCGAGCCGAUGUGCGACGUCACGAUCACGUUCUCCAUGCGCGGGCAACGGGUGGUCGCGCGGGAGCGGCUCCGGGGUCGUCACAUCGAGGGCCGCGGCACCAAUCGUGCCGUCCCUCAGCGCGGCGACCAGGGCGACGAUGUCCUGUACGACGAUGUCCCCGCGCGCAAUAUUCACGAGGGUCGCGGAUCGCUUCAUGAGCCCCAACUCACGGGCGCCGAUCAUCCCCCGGGUCUCCUCGGUGGAGGCGACGCAGAGCGCGACGAAGUCGCUGACCUGGAGCAGCUCGUCCAGGCCCCCAUUGCACCUGGCUGGGGAAGCAUCUCCUGGAAGGUCUUCGCGGGUUCGGUUACGUUACGAACGAUUCGGCAAGACUCGGGCACUAUCAAGCUGGAGAAUGCAAAGGUACGGCGGGAUUGGCCCAGAUGA